AUAGUUGGCAUUUGUUUUGUUGACAAGCAAUUCGGCGUGUGUGGUGUAUUGUGUUUGUGUAUUUACCCACAUGUUACGUAUGAUUUAUGCUUCUCAUAAGUACUACAGUGUCUUUUCAAGUUUAUUUCUAGGGAAUAGGUCAGGAAUUUGGAACCAAUUUCUUAAGAUGAGUGACCAUAUUGCAGCAGAUACGGAGAAGACAGAGGCACUGGAAACUAGAAAGAGAGCUUUAGAUGAAGAUGAUUCUCAACCAAAUGUAAAAAGACAUCUCACUGAGAAAGAGAGAGUAAAAAGAAAAAAAGUUGCAAUGUUGGUAUCUUAUUCCGGACAAGGGUACCUUGGGAUGCAAAGAAAUCCAGGAGCAAAGACUAUUGAGGAAGAUUUACUAACUGCUAUGUUGAGAGCUGGUUUUAUACCCGAGGAAGCUUUUACAUCACCACAACAGAUACAGUUUCAGAGGGCAGCACGUACAGAUAAAGGUGUAUCAGCAGCACGCCAGAUACUCUCUCUUAAAUUGCCUGAAGGUGCCAAUACCAGUGAUAUCAAUAAGCAUUUGCCAGAUCAGAUCAGAGUUUUUGCUAUAAAACGCACAACCAAAGGCUUCAACAGUAAAAGUGCCUGUGACGCAAGAACAUAUUCAUAUACACUGCCAACAUUUGCCUUUAUGCCUGCUGGUGAAGAAGUAUCAGAAAAUUUCAGAGUUUCUUCAGCUAUUAUUAAUAAUGUCAAUUCAGUGCUGAAAAUGUUUGAAGGAACACACAAUUUUCACAAUUUUACAUCGAGAAAGAAACCUUUGGAUCCAAGUGCGCAUAGGUAUAUAAUGAACUUUGUUUGUGGUGAACCAUUCACCUCAGAAAAUAUGGAAUUUUGUACCAUAAAAAUAAAAGGACAAAGUUUCAUGUUGCAUCAGAUAAGGAAAAUGAUAGGAUUAGCAGUGGCAGUUUCAAGAGGUCAUACGACAAUAGAAACAAUAAAUAAAUCGUGGAAACCAGACAGGAUAGAUAUACCAAUGGCUCCAGGAGUGGGCCUUGUGUUGGAAGAAGUACAUUAUGAUCGCUACAAUAAACGCUAUGGAAAUGAUGGCCUUCAUGAACCACUAACAUGGGAUGACGUUGAGAAAGAACUGAUCACAUUCAGAGAAAAAUACAUCUAUUCAGCUAUUGUGAAUACAGAAAUCUCUGAGAAAUGCUUUUUGAACUGGUUGUUAACUCUUCCAUAUCAUAGUUAUGACAUUCGUAACCAGAAUGCAGAAUUGGAUAACUCACCACCUAUUAGUGAAGUGUAUAAUAAAAAUGAAAAAGUUGAUGAAUCAACACUAAAAACUUCAAAUUCAGCAUUUGUAGCGGACAGUGAAAAUGCAGAAGUGAUAGCUCCCUCCCUUAAAAAUAGUUCCAAUGUACCCAAUUGCAUUGUUGAAGAGAAGAGUUAAUACAUUGCUGUAAUUUUA